UCACCGCUCAUCUCACACGAAAACAGCGCGCGCGUAUCGGAACGAACGUUUGUGAUUUGAAAAUAAAUUGAAAUAUUCGAAUUGAGGAUAAGUUUAUUUGUUUAUUGAUUUGUGCCAGUGUUGUGUCGUGUUUACGGAAUUUGAGGAUGCCAUAAGAAGCAGCAAAAAGCAUCGCCAAUCAAAAUGUUUGAACACAAAAACGUAUUGAUUUUAACUAUUCUAAUAGUUCAAACGAAUUCACUAAUUAACGAGAACAAAACGCGAGACGAAGACGUACCAAAAAACUUAGAAAAUGACACGAGAAAAUUCGAGAACGCGUGUAUAGGCGAUGAAGAGUUCUGCAAUUUGACUAGGGAAGAUUACGAGGCUAUGUUGUACGAGUACAUUUACCCACACACUUACGAAUGGGUGUUAAUAGGCACACACACUUUGGUGUUCGCAAUGGGAUUGGUCGGGAAUGCUUUAGUAUGCGUUGCAGUGUACAGAAAUCAUACCAUGAGGACUGUGACCAAUUAUUUCAUAGUGAAUUUAGCGGUGGCUGAUUUUAUGGUGAUAUUGUUUUGUUUGCCGCCCACCGUGGUGUGGGACGUGACUGAGACGUGGUUUUUGGGGGAUGCACUGUGCAAAAUACUGCUCUAUUUCCAGUCAGUCUCCGUGUCCGUGUCAGUGCUAACCCUCACGUUCAUCUCGGUGGACCGCUGGUACGCGAUCUGCUUCCCGCUGAAGUUCAAGUCCACAACAGGCCGCGCCAAGACCGCCAUACUCGUCAUCUGGGCAAUAUCGCUCACAUUCAACGCCCCAGAGCUGGUAGUCCUUACAGCUCUGAAGCCGGUUCCCCUCCGCUUCGAUUUGGAACUGCUGAUGCAGUGUAUGCCCACCUGGUCUUCCAGCAGCGACCUCAUCUGGCAUCUCAUGAAGGUCGUAUUUAUUUACACAAUCCCCCUGUUGCUGAUGACGGUGGCUUAUUACCAAAUCGUGAGGGUUCUGUGGAAGUCAGACAAGAUUCCCGGUCAAGCGGAAACUAUCAAGUUGGCGCCGGCAGAACAGACACAACUUCGCUCCCGCAGGAAAGCGGCAAAGAUGCUGGUGGCUGUGGUCGUUAUGUUUGCAGUCUGCUAUUUCCCUGUACACCUUCUCUCUGUGCUGAGAUACACAGUGGACAUGGAACAGACAGACAUACUUUCAACCGCCGCGCUGAUAUCACACGUCAUGUGUUAUGCCAACUCCGCUAUCAAUCCGUUAAUUUACAACUUUAUGAGUGGGAAAUUCCGUCGAGAAUUCCGUCGGUCGUUCUGCUGUUCGACGAGCCCCGUGCCCGACAAUUUUACCACUCUGACCCGCAUGACCACGUCAAAGUCGAAGAGACCGUGUGAGUUCGUCACGUUUGAAUGUAGGAAUCACGGAUACGGGUAUCGCAAUGUAUGUAGUACAACCUUUAUCGAUAAUAGAUGUAAGAAUGGUUACGUCACUUAGGUUUUAAAAUCUAAUAAGUAACUUUCGUAAAAAGAGGACCGCCUCAAAUUGUUAUUAAGUCGCUUGAAUUACUUAAGUGUAACAAAUGCUUUCUUGAAAACCGCUUCAGAAUCGGUUGAGCGAAACGCGAGAUAAACACGGACAGACAUACAUACAGUUCAGACUGAGAGCCACCUAGAAGGUUAAAACGGCUUUUGAAUGUGUGUGAGUGAAUGAAACGAUGGAAGGACCA